AUGAUUGUUAAUGGCGUUGAAAAACUAAUUUGUCAUUUUAAACCAAGAAAAAACUAUGUUGUUCAUUAUCGAAAUUUAAGGCAGUAUCUUGAAAUGGGAAUGAGAAUAACUGCGGUUCAUAGAGGAAUAUCUUUUUACCAAAGACCUUGGAUGGAACCAUAUAUACGAAAGAACACAGAACUUCGAAAAACAGCAGCUAACAGUUUUGAGAAAGACUUUUUCAAACUUAUGAAUAAUUCAGUGUUCGGAAAAACAAUAGAAAAUAUACGAAAAAGACAAAAUAUAGAAGUCGUUGAUAAUCGUAAGAAAGCUGCUAAACUAACAAGCGUCCAAACUUUGAAAGGGCUACGAUAUUUGAUAAAAAUCUUAUAGCUGUUCAUAUGAAAAAAACAGAAGUUUAUUUUGACAAACCAGUAUAUGUAGGUCAAGCAAUUCUUGAUUUGUCAAAAACAUUGAUGUUUGAUUUUCAUUAUAACUACAUAAGAAAGAAAUACAAAAAUAAAGCUGAGUUAUUGUUUACAGAUACAGACUCAUUAAUGUACCAUAUUUACACAGAUGAUUUUUACAAAGAUAUAUCUCGUGAUAUAAAAAAAAAGUUUGACACUUCUGAUUAUCCUCCUAAUCACGAAUCUGGAAUACCGUCAGGAGUUAACAAAAAAGUAAUUGGGAUGUUUAAAGAUGAAGUAGCAGGAAAACAAAUAACUUGUUUUGUUGGAUUACGACCAAAACUUUAUAGUUUCAGAAUAGAAGAGGAUAAAGAAGUGCGAAAAUGUAAAGGAAUAAAGAAAAAUGUUGUGAAAAAGAAAUUAGAUUUUGAUGACUAUGUACAAUGUUUAUUUUCAGGUAAAAAACAAAUGAGAAAAAUGAAUAUAAUAAGAAGUGAAAAUCAUGAUAUAUAUUCAAAAGAAGUUAACAAAAUAGCUUUGAGUAAUGAAGAUGACAAACGCAAAGUCCUC